CCGGACCGCCGCAGUAGCAGUAGUCUCAUCAUCAGUGAGGGGAAGAGGCAGGAGCAUCUUCCCGUUGCGCCCUCGCCGCCGCUCUACCUUCCUCCCUCCCUCCCUUCCUCACUCACACCGGAGGCCGCGAUGCUGGAGAUCCACCUGGACGAUGGGGUGGGGGGCGUCGUGGGCGGGGUGGGGGGCGCCGCCUACGCGGGCGACGACUACUGCUCGGGCUCGGUGAUGUCGGAGCGCGUCUCGGGCCUGGCCAACAGCAUCUACCGCGAGUUCGAGCGCCUCAUCCGCUGCUACGACGAGGAGGUGGUCAAGGAGCUGAUGCCGCUGGUGGUGACCGUGCUGGAGAACCUGGACUCCGUCCUCACCGACAACCAGGAGCACGAGGUGGAGCUGGAGCUGCUGCGCGAGGACAACGAGCAGCUCCUCACCCAGUACGAGCGCGAGAAGGCCCUCCGCAAGCAGGCCGAGGAGAAGUUCAUUGAAUUUGAAGAUGCACUGGAGCAGGAGAAAAAAGAAUUGCAGAUACAGGUUGAGCACCUUGAAUUUCAGACACGGCAGCUGGAGUUGAAGGCCAAGAAUUAUUCAGACCAGAUUUCCCGGUUGGAGGAACGUGAAUCUGAAAUGAAGAAAGAGUAUAAUGCUCUUCACCAGCGACACACAGAGAUGAUCCAGACCUACGUGGAACACAUUGAGCGGUCCAAACUGCAGCAAGUUGCUGCUGGAAACAGUCAAAAUGACAGUGGCCUACCUGGGAGGAGUCACCGCCAGUCAUGGAGGAAAAGUGUGAAGAGGCGUCCUAACUCUCUGAACAUCCCCCUUACAGAUGAUAUGGUACGUGGGCAGGGUGGGGGCAAGAUCAUCCCCGCAGUGGACCACUGGCACUUCAGUGACCUCGGCCAGCUGCAGUCCAACUCCAGCUACAAGUGCCCGCCUGAUGAAAUGUCUGAAUCGGGGCAGUCUUCUGCAGCUGCAACACCAAGCACCACUGGAACAAAAUCCAAUACACCCACCUCAUCUGUUCCUUCUGCUGCGGUCACUCCCCUAAAUGAGAGUCUUCAGCCCAUGAAUGACUACGUCACAUCAAAGAACAACAAGCGGUCCCGGGAAAAACGGAACAGUCGAAAUAUGGAGGUCCAGGUGGUCCAGGAGACAAGAAAUGUGAGCAUAGGCAUGGGAAGCAGUGAUGAAGGAUCAGAUUUCCAAGAUAUUGACUCUACUCCAGAGUUGGAGACAUGCCAGGAUCCCAGACUGGAGCGCACAGGAAACAGCCCUACCCAGGGGAUUGUGAACAAAGCCUUCGGCAUCAACACUGACUCGCUUUAUACUGAACUUACGGAAGUGGGCUCAGAAGCCAUUGGGGAUGUGGAUGAAGGAGCAGACCUGCUAGGGGAGUUCUCAGUGCGGGAUGAUUUCUUUGGGAUGGGCAAAGAAGUGGGGAAUCUAUUGAUGGAGAACACACAGCUGCUGGAAACUAAAAAUGCUUUGAACAUAGUGAAGAAUGACUUAAUUGCAAAGGUAGACCAGCUCACUGGUGAACAGGAGGUGUUGAAAGGUGAGCUUGAAGCCACAAAGCAAGCAAAAGCCAAGAUGGAAAGCAGAAUCAAAGAACUUGAAGAGGAGCUCAAAAGAGUGAAAUCAGAAGUGAUUGUUGCCAGACGAGAGCCGAAAGAAGAGGUUGAGGAUGUAAGCAGCUAUCUCUGUACAGAAUUGCCAUCCUCCUCCCCACUGCAGGACAACAUCCCCAUCGCACAACGAAGGCGCUUCACCCGAGUGGAGAUGGCCCGAGUCCUCAUGGAACGCAAUCAAUACAAGGAGAGGCUCAUGGAGCUGCAGGAGGCCGUCAGAUGGACGGAGAUGAUCAGAGCCUCCCGAGAACACCCUUCUGUGCAAGAGAAGAAGAAAUCAACAAUUUGGCAAUUCUUCAGCCGCUUGUUCAGCUCCUCUUCCAGCCCUCCGCCAGCAAAGAGAAGUUAUCCUUCCAUGAACAUCCACUACAAAUCCCCCACGACCGCUGGGUUCAGCCAGCGCCGCAGUCACACUAUGUGCCAGAUCUCGGCUGGGAGUCGCACCUUGGAGUUCUUCCCAGAUGAUGACUGCACAUCAACAGCACGUCGCGAGCAGAAGCGUGAGCAGUACCGCCAAGUCCGGGAGCACGUGCGCAAUGAUGACGGCCGCUUGCAGGCCUGCGGGUGGAGCCUGCCAGCCAAGUACAAGCAGCUGAGUCCCAACGGUGGCCAGGAAGACAACCGGAUGAAGAAUGUCCCAGUGCCUGUGUACUGCCGCCCUCUUGUAGAAAAAGACCCAACCAUGAAGUUGUGGUGUGCAGCCGGUGUCAAUCUAAUGGGUUGGAAGCCUGUGGAACAGGAUACUGGAAACGGACAGAAACCAGAACCAGGAUGUGACCCCCUAACCUGUGACCGAGUUGGAGCAGAAGAGAGUGCCAAGAGCAGCCACACAUCGCCCGAAAAGAAAAAGGCCAAAGAACUGUAUGAAAUGGAUGCAACAUCCAGUAGAGUGUGGAUCCUCACAAGCACCUUGUCUACAAGCAAAGUUGUGAUCAUCGAUGCUAACCAACCAGGCACUGUGGUGGACCAUUUCACUGUCUGCAAUGCUCAUGUGCUUUGUAUUUCCAGCAUUCCAGCGGCCUGUGAUACAGAUUAUCCUCCUGGAGAAAUCUUUUUGGAGGGAGAUGUGAAUCCCGAAGAGUCAUUGGGAACAGAUGGAGUCUUGGCAGGCAUCACAUUAGUGGGCUGUGCAACCCGAUGCAACAUCCCCAGCAGCAAUUGCUCCUCGAGGGGAGACACCCCAGUGCUGGACAAAGGGCAAAAUGAGGUGUCUUCAGUUAGUAAUGGAAAGAUCAAUCAAUCCCAGUCCACCGAGGAGGCAACUGAAGCCACGGAGGUGCCAGAAAAUGGUGCAACUGAAAUGGAACCAACCCUUGUCCGGACUGGCCCACUUACAGAGCAUGUGUUUACAGACCCAACCCCAGCUCAGGUGCCUAUGAGGCAGACCAGCGAGAAUGGACAAACAAAGACAGAAUCAGGCACCACAACACAAGACCAAGAGACAAACAGUGGCACAUCUGGAGCUGUCACAAGUGCAGCCCCCACCAUGUGGCUUGGAGCACAGACUGGCUGGUUGUAUGUGCACUCAGCUGUUUCAAACUGGAAGAAAUGCCUACACUCAAUCAAGCUGAAGGAUUCAGUGCUGAGCCUGGUGCAUGUGAAAGGCCGUGUCCUGGUGGCCCUGGCUGAUGGGACCCUGGCUAUAUUCCACCGAGGAGAAGAUGGUCAGUGGGACCUCAGCAACUACCAUCUCAUGGACCUGGGCCACACACACCAUUCCAUCCGCUGCAUGGCGGUGGUCUAUGACCGAGUCUGGUGCGGCUACAAGAACAAGAUCCAUGUCAUCCAGCCAAAGACAAUGCAGAUUGAGACAUCCUUCGAUGCCCACCCUCGCCGGGAGAGCCAGAUCCGCCAACUGGCAUGGAUUGGGGAUGGCGUUUGGGUUUCCAUUCGCCUGGACUCCACGUUGAGGCUCUACCACGCGCACACCCAUCAGCACCUCCAGGAUGUGGACAUUGAGCCCUAUGUCAGCAAAAUGUUAGGAACUGGGAAAUUGGGUUUCUCGUUUGUGCGGAUUACAGCUUUGCUUAUCGCUGGCAAUCGUCUCUGGGUUGGGACUGGGAACGGCGUCAUCAUUUCCAUCCCUUUGACUGAGACUGUCGUCCUCCAUCGAGGUCAGCUCCUUGGGCUCAGAGCUAAUAAGACAUCUCCAACAUCUGGAGAAGGGAACCGACCUGGUGGAGUCAUACAUGUAUAUGGCAGUGAUGACAGCAAUGACAAGUCUGCCAGCAGCUUCAUCCCAUACUGCUCCAUGGCCCAAGCUCAGCUCUGCUUCCAUGGGCACCGGGACGCAGUCAAAUUUUUUGUUUCUGUGCCUGGGAACGUUCUUGCCACAUUGAAUGGGAGUGUGCUGGACAGUCCCUCGGAGAACCCCGGCACAGAUGCUGCAGAGGCCGAGGAGGGCCAGAAGCUGAAGAAUGUCCUGGUACUGAGUGGAGGAGAAGGCUACAUUGAUUUCCGGAUUGGCGACGGAGAAGACGACGAGACGGAGGAAAGUGCGGGAGACGUAGCACCUGUCAAGCCCAUCCUCUCCAAGGCCGAACGAAGCCACAUCAUCGUGUGGCAAGUUUCAUACAUCCCAGAAUGAGAUCCUCCUUUUCUGACACGAUAACUUUUAAUUUCCCAAUCCCCAAUUCCCUAAAUGCCAAGAUGUAUAUAAUACGGAACUCCUGCAUUAUAAUCCUACUGUUGGAAAAAGCAAACCCCAGGCGGGCAAUAAGCACCUGCCCGAUGGCGGUUCCCCUCACGUUCUAAGCUCCCAAGCUUUGCAUCAUCAUCCAUCUUGGGCUGGCUAGCUUUACGAAUCGACUGGGUUCUCCCCAGCUUUCCAAAACAGGGAAAGUGAAGCUUGGCAAAUGGGGUGCCAGGAUAAACAUGGGAAGAACGGGUUUGGCUUGGAAGGGCUGGGUGAGAUAGAUGUUCAAGACACUUCUUUCCUGAAUUUAUGUGCAUGGGGAAAAUGAAACGAAUUGCUUCUUGCCUUUGCCUUCAAACUUUGCCCCCAGCAUUAGGCAUGCAAUUAGUGUACAAGCCAAUAUGAAAGAAGUUCUUUCCAAUGAUUAUGUAGAAGCUUUCCCUAGCCUUUCUCUCCUGCUCUGUAUCUGUGGGGUUUGGCCAUGGGAGGGUGGGGGGAGGUACAUCCAAGACAGCCAGGGAAUAAGUUGGAAGCGGGUUCAGGAAUCCAGGAUGUGUACUUGUAAGGCAGCCAUGGGCAAGCUUUGGCUGUCCCUCCAGGUGUUUUGAACUUCAACUCCCAUAAUUCCUAACAGCCAGUAGGCUGUUAGGAAUUGUGGGAGUUGAAGUCCAAAACACUUGGAGGACCAAAGUUUGCCUACGUCUGUUAUAAGGUGUGCAAAUGGUGAUUACGUUGACAGUAAACGUCUGUACACAAAGCAUGGCCACAAAGGCAUGCUAUGGCUUUUCAUUGCCAGAGCUAUUUAGACCUAGGCCUGUAAAAUACCUGGAUGGGAGACCAUUGAGAUGCUUGUUGAUGUUGUUCUGAAUGACUUGGAAGAAGGAUGGAAUUCAAAAGUCACAAAUACAUCAGUCAAUUUCCUAGUUGAAAGGCUAAGAGGCCACAUCUAAUAGCUUUGAAGGCAAUAUGAUUAUCUCCUUGCCAUUUAGAGGGGAGAGUGGAGGGGCACGCAGCACUGAGUAAAUAAGUAUCUGAGAUGUUCUUUGAAAUAUGAACAAACCACGAGCCCCGUUUUGUGUUCAGGUCCAGCUUGGGUUCAUCUUGUGGUCUUCUGGCAGGGAGCAUAUGGUGGCGAGCCCUUGCUUGUAACUCUCAGAAUCCUCAGUUGUAUCUGGCCGAUGAUUUGGGAAAUAAAUCAUUUGAAAGAGAGCUUAUGCUCACACUUUUGUAGCAAGCAGAAAAAACAUGCUAGGGAUCGGAAGAUGGAGCGAUGUCAUCUGUGGAAAAAGAAGGAGGAAGCAGAAAGGAAGAGCAGGAAGAAAGGGACAUAGAAAGAAGAGAAUUUUCUUUGCAGAUGGGAGAAAGGAGAAAAAGAAAUCUGAUAGAUUUUAGUUCACCCAUAACUUGUGCUGGAAAAGUCAGGAGCAGCAGUAACUGCAAGUAGAUAGCUAUAUAAGAUAAAUUACUCUGGGAUUAGGGUCAGAAGGGGUUGCAGCUGAUUCAGAGCCUUGUCAAAAUCAACAUUUUCCAGCUUGAAAACUAGAUAAAGAAAUAGCAGAAACAAUCCAGUUGUGAAGUAUGUUGGUAAUUGAAAUCCCAUGGAGCCCUCAUGAGUAAACGUCCUAUGAAUUCCCACCCAGGUUCUUAAAAAAUUGAUUUCUCAAAAAUGUAGGCCAUUUCCCAACCUCUCACUUGGGAUUUGAUCCCCUUCUCCUUGGCUGGGUCAAUGGUAAAGCCUCAGAAUGGCCUUGCCAUUGUAACAAGUGCCAGAGAUGGAGUCCAAGGAGGGUAUUAUUUACAGUGCAACUUGAGGUAUGAUUCAUGACAGUAUGGGGAGGAGGGACAGAAAGGGAUGGAGAGAAGGUUCAAUAGGGACAGCGGACAGAGAAGGGCAAAGAAAGGUAGCAGCUUCAAUAUGAAGUGAUGGGAGUGAGCAGAGCCCUCUUCAGAAAUGUAGAAACCUGGCAACCAGGAAGACAAAUAUGCCAUGCUUGAAAAGCGAGAAAAAGAUCCGCAAUGCUAAACUUGCAACUUCUCCUUACCCCCAAGACUGCAAUUGCUCCUGCAUGGAACAACUCAGAUCUUUAAACAUGUAUAAAACUAUGAAGUCCCUUGCAAAUCCUGUUUCCAGUCACAAACACUUCGAGUUUGCCUCAACUGGCUACUUAAGAUGCAGAAAACGCCCUUUCGGAGUUUGAAGUGAGCUUUCAAUAAAAACAUAAGCUGGCAAAAAAUAUAUGAUGCUGUGGGUAGAGGAAGAUAGAAGGCUGGCAAUUGGUAAACAGCAAGUGAAAAAGGGUUUGACUUAACACACAUUUUCCCUGCUGCAUCUUCACUGUGAUGUAUGUAAAACUCAAAUCAGUAUGCUAUGAAAAGGUUUUUAAAAAAUGUGUUUCAGGGCCUGAAUACUCUGGCAAUUUGGACUGAAAUGUAUAAAAGGCUGCUGUGUGGGGGGAAAAACCCAUGAACACCUUUAUGCUUUGUCCCUUGUAUUCUAUCAUACAAAUCGACUGUAUCUGUUCUGUAUGUAAUAAAACAUUGUUAACAUCA